AUGCCAAGUACGAAAUCGUUCACUUACGAAAAUCCAAGAGCUGCACCAACCGUCCGAAAUCGCGUAGAAAUGCCUGUUGAACAGUCGAUCUGUUCAGAAACUGAUCUCAAAUCACCUUUAGACUACGAUGCCCACCAACAUGAUGCUUAUGACGUGAAAGACUUUGAGCCAGAGAAUGUGGGCCGGCUGAUAGAUUUUCUGCGACAAGUCGUCGAUGAGACUGAUGAGAUCAUGGGAGACGAUCCCAAUUUUCCCAGUACUCUCUUGACUCGAGCUGCUGAAGCGUUGAAGCCAGAUGUUACUCCACAGGAAGUACUUGAGAUUGCGGCAGCUACUCGUGCAGAUUUAAAGCUGGCGGAGGAUAAUUCCCCCUACCCUGAGGUUCGAGCCUGUGUUGACGCUUUUGAUGACCCUUCAACUCCGGUCAUGACCUUUCGAAUGUGGUUUAUCGGAUUUAUUACAGUGAUAUUGGGAACUGGACUCAAUCAGUUCUUUAUACCACGUCUGCCGAACAUAACAAUCAACACGACUGUAGCGCAGUUGCUCAGUUUUCCUCUGGGCAUGCUGAUGGCAAGAUUUUUACCAACCAAGGUCUUCCGUGUUGGGAAUCGAUCUUUUACCCUCAACCCGGGCCCUUUCAAUAUGAAAGAACACAUGUUGAUUAGUAUUAUGGCCAACGCAUCUUUUGGUGGAGCCUAUGCGACCGAUAUCAUCGCAGUCCUCAAAAUUCCCAAAUUCUAUAAUAAUGUCUCUCUGGGGGGGAAUCGCGCCUUUCAAAUAUCAUUAGUUUUGAGUACGCAGCUCAUGGGCUACACAUUGGCUGGAACGUGCCGCUCCUUCUUGGUGUAUCCACGUGCGAUGGUUUGGUGGCCAAACUUACUUCAAAUCACUGUACUACGAGCUUUACAUGGAAAGGAUAACAGGCCACCUGUCAACGGGUGGAAGACGUCACAAAUCCGAUUCUUCCUUUUUUGUGGGAUUGGCUAUGGAAUUUACUUCAUCUUACCAGGAGUCUUUUUUCAGGCUCUCGCAUUUUUCAACUGGACAACCUGGAUUGCACCGAGAAACGCCAAACUAGCUAUGCUCACAGGUACACUCAGUGGCCUCGGCCUCAACCCGUUCCCCACGCUGGACUGGAACUUCUUGUAUGGCGAUCCUAUUAUCGUACCUUUGUGGGCUGUCUCAAAUGUAUAUUUUGGCAUGUUGUGCAGCGUGGUGGCGAUUUGUGUGAUAUACUUUAACAAUAUACUUCACACAUCGUAUCUGCCAAUCAAUAGUUCUGGGCUGUUUGAUCGGAGAGGCCGUCCGUACAACACAAGUAGAAUUCUCAAUGAGUACGGAAUCCUCGAUCCGGCCAGAUAUAAAGCAUACAGUGUACCUUAUAUGUCUGCCUCCACAAUUGUAGCCUAUACCGGCUUUUUUGCCAUUUAUAGUUCUACAGUGGUUCAUUCCCUGAUUCAUUAUCAAAGUCAUGUCAAAAAAGCAUUUCCUCAUUUUUGGGAAUCUUUGAGAUGGAAGAAAAGUGGGGAUAAGACCCGCAAAUCAGCUAGGGACUUAUUUCAAUCAGAUGUUCACUACCGGCUCAUGCAAGCCUAUCCAGAAGUGCCCACAUGGUGGUUCUUGGUCAUUGGUGUCGUCUCGCUCACUCUUGCCAUUUUUCUGAUUGAGUAUUAUGAGACGCAGAUGCCAGUAUGGGGAAUCUUUUUCGCACUUGCUUUAACUUGCGUAUUCAUCCUCCCUCUCGGAAUGAUGGAAGCUAUUGCCUCCAUAUCUGCACCUCUCAACGUGUUAGCUGAGCUCGUCGGUGGGUAUGCUUUACCUGGCCGACCCUUAGCCAAUAUGCUCUUCAAAACGUAUGGAUACAUCACAAUGGCUCAAUCCUUGAGUUAUAUCGGAGACAUGAAGCUCGCUCACUAUGUCAAGAUUCCUCCGCGUACUUUAUUCUUGGCCCAAACCCUAGCCACCAUCUUAUCCUCAUUUACUGCUAUCACUGUACUCGAUUUACAGAUUGAUCACUUUCCGGAUCUCUGCUCGCGAACUCAGCCACUCCAUUUCGUGUGCCCUGAUUACCAUAGAUUCUAUUCGGCAUCGAUUCUCUGGGGGGCUGUUGGCCCAGCCCGACUGUUCUCUGCGGCACUAUACCGAUACUGUCUCAUAGGAUUCCUCAUUGGUGCCUUGUCGCCAUUCAUUCCUUGGUACGCUGGGAAGCGAUGGCCUCGUUCAGGUUGGCGAUUUGUGCACACUCCUCUUAUGAUUGUCGGAUCUUGGCAAUUUGCGCCGAGGAAUCUCGCCUAUGUGACUCCAAUGCUUUUACUUGCCCUCUUUUUCCAGGGAUAUGUCAAACGAAAGUAUACCGCUUGGUAUGAAAAGUACGCUUUGACCCUUACCGCCGGCCUUAGCGCUGGAAUUGCCAUCUUUGCCUUGAUUUAUUUCUUUGCUUUCCAGAUGAACGGGCAAGAGUAUGAAUGGUCUGGCAAUACCAUAUUUCAUACUGGAUGCGAUGGUGAGGCCUGCACUUUAUUAGAAGUGCCGAAGGAGGGCUUUGGAAUUCAAAGUUGGGAAUAA